AUGACAAUCCGACACCCCGCCUUCGUCGUCCCCGCCGCCUACGACGCCCUAUCAAACUCCGAGAAGUCCGGCAACAUAUCGAACUACCUGAUCCCCACCAACUACUCCUGGCAAACCCAACUGUAUAACUUCUACGUCGCCAAUGGGAUAACUCCCGUUGUCGCUGAGGCGGAAGAUUACAUGUCGUCUCCGGAGUUCGUGCGACAUCUGGCUAGCGAAGCAGGGUUGGAUGCUAGCACAUGUCUGUUUGAGUGGGAUGCGAUGAGUGAAGAUGACCAGGCGGCGCAGCAUCCGAUGUACGUGAAACUGCAGCAGACGCUGAUAAACUCGACGGGGUUAGUGCCGGGGAAGGUCAAGGGUGCACCGGUGUUGGAGGAUGAGGAGAGGAAGUGGAGGGAGAAGUUUGGGGUGGAGGGAGCGGUGUCCAUCAAGGAGAUGGUGGAGUGGGCGAUGCCGGAUUACGAGUAUCUGAGGGAUAGGAAACUGAGGUUGCCGUGA